UUAAAAUAUUGCACUCGCUCAAUGGUUCACGUAGGUCAAACGUUUUGGAGUUUUAAUUGCAGUUAAAGCCCAAAUUAUAUCUAGCAAUAACAUCAAUAUUUCUUUCACGUUUCUUACAGUUUGCUAUGGUUCAAUGGCCCAAAACUAUUUGACAAUGUCGAUGUGCUCGUUAUCUCGCAAUGGUCAUUAAAACUCAUUCGCAAGUUUGUCGCAGUUCCCGUUCAAAUAUAUUGUGCAAUUUACUGUGGAUAUUUGCCAUAAAUAAUCCCCAAACAUAACAUGCGGAUAUGGUGACCAAAAUUAAUGAACAUUUAUUUCGGCCUUUAUUAUUUUGUCCAUUUCUGAAGUUCGUGAAGUAAGUUUUCAAGAAACGUUUGCCGCGAUGUAGUUUGCGAGGCAGAAAGUUAGCCGUUCUGCUCCAUGGUGGACGUCCUUCGUGAUGUCCUAGAAAUUUCCCGUAUACAAAAACUGCAGAAAGAACUGGAAACACCACGAUUCUCUACAUUGCUUUUAGAAGGAAUCAAGGUUACCUUUCGCAGUCAAGUGGGACUAAUUUUGAAGCCAUCCAACAGAGCGGUUUACAACAAACAAACAAAACAUUUUCCAGAAGACUGAGCUUAUCAUGACAAACAACUACAGCCAUACGAUGAUGAAUUUCAGUGAUAGUGAUUCACCAUGCCCUGACACUAUUUCUAUAUUUUUCACAACAUCUACGGCUUUCCUAAGCAUGGUUGCUGUACUUGGAAAUAUUCUGGUGAUCGUUGCAGUGUACAAAACUCGAAGCCUUAGGACAAGUACUAAUUACUACUACGUCAACAUGGCCAUUUCUGAUCUUCUCUCAAGCCUCACCAUUUGGCCGCUUUAUCUUUCAAACGAGAUCAUAACGAGCAGAGGAAGUCUGUUUAAAGGGUCUCUGGCCACUGCUGGUUGCAAAGUGGGAGUAUUUUUCAGAAUGACGUCAGUUAUUGUGUCAAUACUGAGCCUGGUGUUGAUCGCUGUGGAUAGAUUCAUCGCUACCGUGUUCCCAUUAAAAUCAACGUUGGUCACUGGGAAAGUCAGAACAUUUCUGCUGUUUGCGACAUGGACGAUAUCAAUGGCAUACUGCUUCCCGAUGCUGUAUUAUUCCAGAGCCGAAGACUUUGGUCAAGAAACUUAUUGCAAAUUUGCAUGGAAUAGCAGUGCUCUCAUGAUAUAUUAUAUUACUGGUUUGGCGUUGUUUGAGAUCGCACCAAUUAUUGCCAUUGUCAUUCUUUACUCGCGGGUUAUGAGUGUUUUGCAAAAAAGGAUUAAACCAGGAACUGGUGCGAGAGACAGCAGUUCUUAUCAAUAUCGGAGAAAUGAGCAAAACCGAAACAUUUUGAAGAUAUUCAAAUCAAUCGUUGUUAUGUUUUUCAUUUCUUUUUCUUCCUUUUUCGUUUAUUUGAUUCUCAAGAUGACAUUUCCUGAACUUUUCGUCAAAGACAAAUGCAAGUGGAUUCUUGGGUUCGCUUAUUUUGUGUUUCCGUCGCUAAGUUCAGUAAUUAAUCCAAUUAUUUUAUUUGCAUUCAGCACGAAUUUCCGUCAAGCCCUGCGUAAAUUGUGGAUGUUUUCUCUCGGGAGAUUCUUCUGUGGCAGAAAAGAGAAAAGUUAACUAGUUGAAGCUGGUGGCCUUCCAGCAGAAGAAACUGGAUUUAAGUCAAUGGCGCACUGAAUAUAUAUGAACGAGGGAUUUAAUUACAGCGAUACAGUUUGCAGAUUUGUUUAAAACAUUAUGUCAUGAAUUUACUUUUGAUUUCCUAUGGGGAUAUUUAAAAAUUAAGUUGAGUAAUAUUCUUAAGACACCGUGGUCUGCGUUUUAUCAUUUAAUUUUAGCACAGCUUCUUGAAUAAAGUUGUCUAUUAUUUUUCCUCAGA